GGAGAGAGAAACGGGAACUGCAGUUAUUGCUGUUAAACAUGGUUUUAUACCGUAAAUAUUCACUACCGAGAGGAUUUACUCACUAAAUAACCUUCACCGGAGGCGUGUGAGUGCCGUGAAUGGAGCUUGAGCGCGGAGAGAGAGUGUGAAGGAAGUGGCGAGCUCUGUACCAUGCAGGCGAACAAUGGCUCCGGCCGCCUCCCCCUUUUCGUGGCUCCGCCCAACGGCUCCGCGCGCUACUCCCCGGUCCGGGUGGCGCCGACGCGAUCCCCGCCUCCCGCCAAAACCCCGCCUCCACCUCCCAUACCUCAUCUAAAGCCUCCGACUCCCGCCCCGGCCCCGCCCCGCCCCCCCGCCCUUCACCUGUCGGAACCUCGGGACGGCCGGGAGCGCGAUCAGAGCCGGCGGAGGAGGAACGCCUACAUCGUCACCGCCGCGUCCGUCGCCGCGCUGCUCCUGGUGCUGAUCCUCGCACUCGGCCUGCCGUCGUCCAGCGACGCCGUCGACGAGAACUGCCCUGAUCACGACCCGACGCUGAGGAACUGGAACCCCGGUCAGAAGCCGAAACAGGCCGUGGUGGUGCGCAACGGAGAGCGGCUUCGGCUGGUGGCGUCGGCCACCCUGCUCUCCCUCACCAUCAAAUCGGGAGGCCUGGUGGUGUUCGCCGACCACAAGGACGGCUCGAACAACGUCACCCUACGUACCCGCCACAUCUUGAUCGAGGAGGGCGGCGGCCUCCACGUGGGCGGGCCGAGAUGCCGCUACCGCUCCCGCGCCACCGUCGCCCUGCUGGGCCGCUCGGACGACCCCUCCGCGCCGCCCGACCCCGAAUUCGGGCGCAAGUUCGUGGGCGUGCGGGCCGGCGGCACCCUGGAGCUCCACGGGCCGCACCGGCCGUCCUGGACCCUGCUGACCCGCACCGUCCCGGCCGGCGGCCUGCCGGCGGGCGGCUACGCCUUCCAGAGGAACUUCAGCCGCGGGAUCAACCUGCGCGUGGUGGACCAGGACACGGGCGCGGUGCUGAGCACCGAGCGCUUCGACACGCACGACUCGCACAACGACAGCAGGAGGCUGAGCCAGGCGCUGCGGGACACGCCCGACGGGCGCGUCGUCACCCUCGCCGUCGGGGACUCGGCGGUCAAGAGCCUCCUGGAGGAAACCAAGAGGACCAUCCAGGAGCGACUGGGCAGCCGCUACGUCUACGAGCUGCAAUACAGGCAGGCGUGGGCCCUGGUGUCGGUGGUCGGCGGAGGGAACGGCUCCUGCACGGAGGACGUACGCGAGCACGAGAACCACGACACGGGCGGGAAGGCGCUGGCUCGCCGAGACUUCGUCACCGUGGACGGCGUGCGGUUCUUCGUCAUGGCCUACAGCGAGUGGAGCAACGGUUACCCCAUAUCGGGCUUCCGGGUGGACGUGGUGGACCAGGUGGUCCUGGACGUCCAGGACGACGUGAGCGGCUGGAGGCCGGGCGAGAGGAUCGUGGUUGCCAGUACCGACUAUUCCAUGCACCAGGCGGAGGAGUUCACGCUGCUGCCCUGCCCACACUGUACCAACACACAGCUGCGACUACAAGGGAAGCCCCAGUACGCCCACAUGGGCGAGAUCGUGGACGGCGUGGACAUGCGCGCCGAGGUGGCGCUGCUGACCAGGAACAUCCUCAUCCACGGAGAAAUGGAGAGCUCCUGUUAUGGCGACAACUGGUGCCAGUUCUUCGCGCACGACACCUUCGGGGGACACAUCAAGAUCCUGGGCAACUUCUCGUCGGUGCACAUGUCCCAGGUGGAGCUGAGGCACAUGGGACAGCAGGCCGAGCGGGACAGCCACCCCGUCCACUUCCACAUGUGCGGGGACGUGGACGAGCGCCGCGCCUACCUGGACUCGCUCUCCAUCCACCACUCGUUCUCCCGCUGCGUCUCCAUCCACGCCACCAACGGCCUGCUGGUAAGGGACACGGUCGGGUACGACACCCUGGGCCACUGCUUCUUCCUGGCGGACGGGAUCGAACAGAGAAACACCUUUUAUCACAACCUGGGCUUAGUGACCAGACCGGGCACCAUUCUGCCCACCGAGCGCAACGACACCAUGUGCACCAAAAUACGUGACCGAGUGCACGGCGCCUACGUUCCCUCGCCGGCCACCGAGUGCAAGGCUGUGUCUACAUUCUGGAUCGCCAACCCCAACAACAAUCUGAUCAGCAACGCAGCCGCGGGCUCACAGGAUGCCGGGAUUUGGUUCGUCUUUCACAACGCCUCCACCGGGGACUCUCACGGCCUCGUACCCGAGACCAAGUCCGAGCUCACGCCGCUGGGCAUCUUCUACAACAACCGCGUCCACUCCAACUUCAAGGCGGGUCUGUUCGUCGACAAAGGAGUGAAGACGAGCAACGCCAGCGCCGCCGACCCCCGGGAAUAUCUCUGCCUGGACAACAACGCCAGGUUUCGGCCGCACCAGAACUCGGACCCCGCCGAACCACGGGAGGCGGCCGUCAUCGACACGCUCAUCUCCUUCAAGAACAACGACCUCGGUGCCUGGAUCCGCGGUGGCGACAUCGUCAUUCGCAACUCCGGCUUCGCAGACAACGGCGUCGGACUGUCGUUCGCAAGCGACGGCAGCUACCCCAAAGACGUGGGCUCCAGCCAGGAGGUCUCCGAGUCCCUGUUCGUGGGCGAGAGCAGGAACCGAGGCACCAACGGAGGACAGAACAAGUACUGGGGCGUGGGAGGAGUGGACGGCAAGAUGAGGACGCUGCCCCGCAACAAGACGUUCCCCAUCCGCGGCUUUCAGAUCCUGGACGGCCCCGUGCGCCUGACGAAGAGCACGUUCAGGUCGUUCACGCCGACGCCGGAGCGCUUCAGCACCGCCGUGGGGUUCAGCCUGAAGAACGGCUGGCAGCUCACGCCCAGGAACAACCUGUCGUCUCUGUCCUUCCUGUCCAGCGUGACCCUGAGGGCGUUCUUCGGCCAGCCGGGCCAGUGGUUCGAGGGCAACGACCUGGACGGCGACAAGAACACCAUCUUCCACGACGUGGACGGCUCGGUGAGCGGCUACCCCGGGACGUCGGCGGUGAGGGCCGACAACUUCCUGCUCCGCCACCCCGACUGCGUGGACGUGCCGCGGUGGAACGCCUGCGUGUGCAGCGGCCGCUACGCUCAGGUGUACAUCAAGACCCAAGGCGUCCCCAACCUGAGCCUGUCCAUCAUCAGGGACGAGUAUCCCGACAGUCCCCUGGUGCUGAGGGGCAUAAACAGCCAGACGGCGCUCUCGCAGCAGUACCAGCCCGUCCUCAUGCUGAGCAAGAGCUACACGCUGCACUGGAACGGCCAGGCGCCCAAAGAGGUCGUCCUCUCGCUCGUCAACUUCGACCUGGGCGACUGGGCUCUGUUUGGGCUCUGCUACCCCUCGGACACGGUGUUCCAGGUGAUGUCGGACAUCUACGACCGCCAGAAAAACGUCUUCGAUGGCAUGGAGGACUACGGCUCCGUCUCUUCUCUGGCCGAGCUGGAGAAACGGCCGCUGGAGAGGAAGUACUUCUUCGACCGUGCCGCCGGCUUGCUCUGGCUGUUCACUCGCGCUCGGCACGGCCGCGACGGUCACGGCUACUGCUCCGUCCGGGGCUGCGAGCGGGUCAAGAUCACGGCCACCACCGGCACCAAGCAGACGUGUAACUGCACCGCCGCCGCCUACCCCAAAUACGCCAGGGUGCCCGGCGCCCCGGCGCCGAUGCCCGCCGUCGACGCCGAGCCCUGCGGCGACUGUGGAGCCUCCAAGCGAGUCUUCUCCAGCGACCCGUGGAACAGCUACGUCCAGACUCAGAUCAGAUCCCUGAACGUCACGGACGAGCAGAAGAACCGGACCGGAGCCUUCAUCGCCGUGAACGGCAAACAGUUCAACCUCGACAGAACCGGAUUCCUGGUUCUCACCGUGGACUCCUGCACCGGGGCGGUCAGCGGGAACUCUGUCUUCUCCAAACUGGACUCCAAGAUGGAGCAGCAUCUCAGAACGGGGAUUCCACAGCGGUCGAUCGUCCUGAUGGCCUCGAGAGGACGACCCGAGGGACUCGCCGGCGUCGCCGAGUACCUGGUUGCUAUGGGAACGGCCAAGGUGGCGGACCUGCGCGGAAAAGGCAGCCUGGCGUUCUUCGGCUUCCGAGGAGCGGCCGCGCCCCCGCCCUGGGUGUCCCUCCUGGCGGACCCGGGUCAGGAGGUCUGGGAGAAGUUCAUCCCCCUCUCGCCGGACGCGUACCCCUGCCCCGGGCGCCCGGAGCCGCCGCGCCGCCGGGACGAGGAGCUGCUGCGGAAGGCGCGGAGCUGAGACGCCGACCUGCGAGCGGGACGAACGUGAACCCAAGGACUCUAUUUAUUUUCGGGAAGGA